GGCGGUUUGCGACUUCCUUCUCGCACAUUGCGGAGAAUUGUGGUGCUCGUCAUCUCGCAUCGAUCGCCGACGACGAGCAGGCAUGGGUGGCACGAUCUCUCGCGUGUGGACUAAGCUGUUUGGCAAGAUUGAGGCUCGUUUGAUCAUGAUCGGGCUGGACGGGGCGGGAAAGACGACUCUGCUGCAUCAGUUCCAGCUCGGCGAAGCGGUCACAACAACGCCCACGAUUGGGUUUAACGUGGAGGCGGUCGAGUGCAAGAACAUCAAGCUAAACGUGUGGGAUCUCUCCGGCCACGAGAAGAUACGAUGUGUGUGGCGAACGAUGUGUCCAAAUACACAGGGCGUCGUGUUUGUCGUCGACUCGACUGACAUCGCCCGCAUCGACUCGGCCCGCGAAGAGCUGCAUCAAAUGCUGUGGGAAGAGCACCUGCGCGAUGCAAUUGUGCUCGUGUUUGCCAAUAAACAGGAUUUCCCAGGAGCGUUGGAUGCCACCGCAAUCAGCGCGAAAAUGGGGCUGGACCGACUCCGACAAGUUUGGCACUUGCAGGUUGGUAGUGCCGCGACCGGCGACGGCGUCGAGGCAGCCUUGGACUGGCUCGUCAAGGCCGUGCGACACCAUCCCAAGUUUCGAUAAGCACGUGCAUGCCACUGAAGCAGUGUGCAUGUAAUAUAAAAUUUAUACCAUGCUCAACUGAUGCCAAA